CAGGCAGCAGCAGUCAAACACCGGAAGCAUCGAGCGGCCGCUGCUCAAAACAAACCGGAGAAAGAAAACGGAAGAAGACCCACCGAACACCGGAGGAGCGGACAAUCGGAAGGUGACCGACAGGAUGGUCGGGUCAAAACUCACACUGUGACGUCACCAGGUGUCAGUGAUGCAGCUCCCCCUGGUGGUGACGGCCCAGGUGGACGUGGUCCUGCUGCUGGUGUCCCUGCUGUCCCUCUGGACCCGACUGAGCCGCCUCAGUUACCCCAAUGCUGUGGUGUUCGAUGAGGUGUACUACGGUCAGUUUGUGUCUCUCUACAUGAAGAGAGUUUUCUUCAUCGAUGACAGCGGUCCGCCACUUGGUCACAUGAUCCUGGCCCUUGGAGCGUACCUGGGAGGAUUCGACGGAAACUUUGUGUGGAACAGAAUCGGAGCAGAGUAUCCCAGCAGUGUGAGCGUGUGGAGUCUGCGGCUGCUGCCCGCUCUGUGUGGAGCCCUCUGUGUCCCUCUGGUCUACCUGUUGACUCUGGAGCUGAAGUUUUCUCACCUGUCGGCUCUGGGAGCUUCACUGCUGCUGCUGCUGGAGAACUCUCUGAUCGUCCAAUCACGUUUCAUGUUACUGGAGUCUGUUCUCAUCUUCUUCGUGUUGUUGGCGUUCUUCUCCUACCUGAGAUUCCACAACGCUCCUGACAGCUGGUUCAGAUACUGUUGGCUGUUCGUCUCUGGAGCUUCGUGUGCUGCAGCUGUCGGGGUGAAGUAUAUGGGUGUGUUCUCCUACCUGCUGCUGUUGGGCGUGGCCUCUCUGCACACCUGGCAGCUGAUUGGAGACCGAACAGUCAGUCAUCUGAGUGUGUGUGUGCAGUGUGUGUGUCGUGUUGUGUGUCUGUUGGUGGUUCCUGUUCUUCUCUACGUGUUCUGGUUCUACAUCCACCUGACUCUCCUGCACCGCAGCGGACCACAUGACCAGCUGAUGAGCUCUGCCUUCCAGGCCAGUCUGGAGGGCGGUCUCUCCAGGAUCACUCAGGGUCAGCCAUUGGAAGUUGCGUACGGCAGUCAGGUGACCUUAAGAAGCUCCGCCUCCCAGCCCGUUCCAUGCUGGCUGCACUCACACAAAGCCAACUAUCCAAUCAGGUAUGAAACUGGGCGGGGCAGCUCUCACCAGCAGCAGGUCACCUGUUAUCCCUUCAAAGACGUCAACAACUGGUGGAUCAUCAAAGACCCCGGCAGACAGGAGCUGGUGGUCAGCAGCCCGCCUCGACCUGUCCGUCAUGGGGAUGUCAUCCAACUGGUUCAUGGGAUGACCUCACGCUUCCUCAACAGCCAUGAUGUUGCAGCUCCCAUGAGCCCUCAUUCUCAGGAGGUGUCGGGUUACAUUGACUUUAACGUUUCCAUGGCAGCACAGAACCUUUGGAGAGUGGACAUCUUUAACAGGGAGGCGGAGUCAGAGUCCUGGAAGACGAUCCUUUCUGAGGUUCGAUUGGUCCACGUCAACACCUCAGCAGUCCUCAAGCUGAGCGGUGUGUCUCUUCCAGACUGGGGUUUCCGUCAGCUUGAGGUCGUCGCUGACAAACUGUUCAAAGGUCACAGCAGCAGUCUGGGAUGGACAGUCGAGGAGCACCGAUAUGGAACCAGUCAGGAGCAGAAGGAGAGGGAGGCGGAGCUUCAUUCUCCGACUCACAUUGACGUGGACAGAAAAAUUUCCUUCUGGGCCAAAUUUUUAGAACUUCAGUGGAAGAUGCUGACGGUGAAACAGGAAGACUCUGAGCACAAAUACAGCUCCUCCCCACUGGAGUGGGUUACCAUGGAAACAAACAUCGCAUACUGGCUGCACUCCUCCACCAAUGCUCAGAUCCAUCUGAUUGGUAACCCUGUGUCAUGGGGCAUGGCGAACUUCAGUCUGCUGGCCUAUCAGCUGCUGGCAGCCGUUUACCUGCUGAGAAGGAGGCGAGGCUUCAAAGACCUCCCUGAUGGUGUGUGGGGUCAGUUCGUGUGUCUCGGGUGUGUGUGUGUCGGUGGUUGGUUGGUAAACUUCCUGCCGUUCCUCCUGAUGGAGAAAACUCUCUUCCUGUAUCACUACCUGCCCGCCCUCUGCUACCUGCACCUGCUGAGCCCUGCCCUUCUGGAGCACACACACACUCACCUGCUCAGCAGAGCGACACAUCGGCGUGCACUCUGUGUGUGCAUGUCGGCGGUGUUGUUGUCCGUCUUCCUGUCGUAUCGAACCUUCUGCCCUCUGACCUAUGGCAGCCCCGAGCUGUCGGCCAAUCAGCUGCAAGGACUGAAGUGGAGAGACUCCUGGGACAUCCUGUACCGCCGCCGGUAGACAGACAGACGGACAGAGAGACAGAGACAUGUCUUCGUCAGAGGGACAGGGUGACUGACACUCUGAGUCCUGAUCAGUCAGACAGAACUUAUUCUCCCACAAUGCACUGCACAGAGGACACGGAGGAGGGUGGAGGUGAAACAGACCCAGGAGCUGAGGUUUCAUCGUCACAGUUUGACGCAUCACUUCCUGUCAUUGUGACAGUGAGGAUGUGUUUGACUCGUGGUUUAUUUAUUCAUUAAAACACAGUCAAAUCUGUUGAAGCAGAUUUUUCUACAAACUCAGUCACAAACUUUUUAUUUGUUGAUAAUAAUAAUUCAUGUUUACAGGAUGUUUUUACACAGUAAUGUAGAAAAUAUUCAACCAGCAGAAGAUGAUAUGAUCAUAUUAAAUGUUUCUGCAUGUUCACAGACAAUAUGUUUUAAAUUCAUCUAAUAAAGUCUGAGUAUGAUGGGAAACCAGGAGCCAUAAUUGGGUGUGAAUGCAAAUGUUCUACAGAUUAGUCUUUAUUGUCACAUGAUUAUUAUUCUGCACACUUUUUUGUUGCCUAACUACUUCAUAAUACUUAAACAUAUUCAAACGCGUAAGUAUUAAUCUCAAUUAGGACAUGUGUGCUUCUGUUCAGAAUUUUGAAAUCAUUCAUACUUUCCGAAAUAUUCAAUGUUUCGCGGAAAUGUUUCCCCAUCAAAUAAAUGGCAGAAUGUUCAAACUUCA